AUGCUAAAAUACAACCACAUCUUACAAAAAGCCGAAGACAUAGGGACUAGUAUUGAUCCCAGUGAAGACACAAAUCAGUAUGACGUUUUUAUGCGAAAGAUCCAAGAUGCUCUUGAUGGCGCGAAGAAUACAACUGUGAGCAUCGCUUCAGGUUCAGAGUCCGACUCCAUCGUAGUGGCUACCAGUACAAAGUUACCUGCGGGAUUGAAUCCUUUGAAGUGGAUAUUUACGCUGUCGAAAGAACCUUCGUCGGCAGUCACGCGACACUUGCUUCUUCCUCUACUGAAAGGCGAGAGAGACCACGAGCAGCGGGAGCAAUCUCUAUUGGAACAUAUCAAAGAGAAGGAUAAUGUUCUCUCCAAAAUAUUUGACAAGAUUGAUCCUUCGCAAUUGACCUCAAUGUUUCCUGGUACUGCUGGUGUUCGUCAUGGUAAACUGAGAACAUCGGACUUGAUCAGGCAUAUCAAAGGCGCCACUCAGUUUGACGAGGAAGCGUGGCGAGGUAGUUCAGCUGAUGAAGAUAAUCUUGCAAACGGUCUUACAGAAUCUGUAUAUGCACGUGGCGGGAUUGCCUCCUUAGACAACCCACGUACAAGAGAUGCCACAUGGUGGAGAAGCCUCGACGAUGUUGAUGGUACAAGCCCACCCUCGCCAGAGGGGCCCCAAGCAGCGACAAAGGAGAAGGUCAGCCUAUCAGAAAGAGCGGCCACUCGAAAGCAAAUGGCUGCAGAUGAUGAUGUGAGCACCGAAGAUGAAGAUGAAUUUCAGCGUCAAGAGACGCCUCCACAUCUCAAGAAGAAAAAGAAUCAAAAAAUCAAACAGCCAGCCAGGGAGAAUGAAUCAGAUCUCGCCACCGAGUCAGAUCAAGAUGUCGAGUCAGAUGAUGGACUAGACAGCAUAAAAGCAACUGUUCGGAAGCCCCCAAAGAAGGUAAUGGGCCGUAUUGGAGGACCGAAAGCGGUCCCCUUGGGACGUCCACGAAAGGAUUCUGUUGCGGAUGAGACGGAUUCUGAUGACGAGCCAACCAAGGCAGAGCCCAAGCCACACCAACGCGCUCCGGCGACUGAUACAGAUUCCGAACCUGAACGGAAGUCAACACCAAGCCCACCCAAACGCAAGAAAGACCAUCCCACCGAAACUCCCCCCAAGAAGAAAGGAUGCUUGGGUAAAAUAGGUGGCAAGAACCCAGCACCUAAGAACGCGCCCACUCCAGAGCCCCCCGCUGACAGCGAUACUGGACAACCUACAAGUGACGAGGAUGAUUUACAACAACAAGCUCCUUCCAAGCCCCAAGCAUCUCCCAAAAAGGGCAAGAAACUGGGCCUCAUUGGCGGCAGAAAAAAGAAACCACAGCCCGAAGAGGAAGAGACAGACGAUGAUCUAGACGCCGGGUCCAGUAAACCUAAACCAAGGCAGAAAGCACCAUCAAUAUCACCAUCACCGCCUCUUGCCGAAUCCAGAUCACCGUCGCCGAUACCCAAACGCGUCCCGAAGGCUGAGCCCGAACCGGAAUUAUCGGCUGAACAGAAAGCGAAUAAGAAACGAGAGGAGUUAAAGAGACAGCUGGAAGCGAAGAGCAAAGCGCCGACGAAGAAGAAGAGGAAGUUUUGA